UUUCAUCCAAAAUUUUUGUCCUUUUCUUGUUCCUCUAUAUCAUUCAACUAUAUUCCUAAAUUUCAUAAACUAAAGCUCUCUUUGUCGUACUCUUGGUCUAAACAUUUCCUCCAAACGCGAACAGUACUCACUCUUCCUCCUUAGUUGUAAUAGAUAUAUUGUCCAUGAUGUUUCAAGAAAACUUGCAUUACCUCUGCAUGAACAUUGCAAUUGAUUUGCCAGCAGAAGUUGAUGUCUCCAACAAAAAGAAAUGGCACUUAGCUUUUGCUACCAUCUAUUGUUCGAGAGCUUUCAAAAAUAAGACCAGCACAAAGGUACUAUCACCUGUCCUUAUGCCAUCCUACAGUCCAAGAAAAGUCCGCGUAUCAACCGAUACAAUAGCCAUUGAUGUAGUUCAAGAACAUCCUUUAUUCUCAGGCAUUGAUCAGUCAAGUCUAGCUAAGCUUGUCAAAGAUAAAAGUGCUGACAAGCUAGCUAAUCUUGGAGGUGUACACGGUGUUGCUACUUCUCUCAUAAGUGACACAACUAAUGGUAUAAAUGGAGAUUUAGAAGACGUUUCACGUAGACAUGAAGCUUUUGGAAGCAACACGUAUCCUAAGCCACCUACUAAAAGUUUCUUCAUCUUUGUCUGGGAAUCCUUCAAAGAUCCUACCAUCAUUAUUCUUUUGUUCUGCGCUGCUUUGUCUCUUGGAUUUGGAAUUAAGGAGCAUGGACCAAAAGAAGGAUGGUAUGAUGGAGGGAGUAUUUUCGUCGCUGUGUUUCUUGUCAUCGCUGUUUCGUCUAUCAGUAAUUUCAGACAAAACAGACAAUUUGAUAAGCUAUCCAAAGUUAGCAAAAAUAUUCCAGUAGAAGCUGUUAGAAAGGGGAGGCGCCAACAGAUAUCUAUAUUCGAAAUUGUGGUAGGAGAUGUCAUUUGCUUGAAGAUUGGAGAUCAAGUUCCUGCUGAUGGAAUUUUGGUAGAAGGUCAUUCUUUACAAGUAGAUGAAUCUAGCAUGACAGGUGAAAGUGAUCACGUCGAGAUUAACCUUAGCCAAAAUCCAUUCUUGAUUUCUGGCACUAAGGUUGUCGAUGGCUAUGGCAUGAUGCUUGUGACAUCGGUUGGCAUGAACACGACCUGGGGCGAAAUGAUGAGCGAAAUUAGCAGCGAUUCUAACGAGCAAACACCUCUUCAAGAGCGACUCAACAAGCUUACUUCAUCGAUAGGUAAAAUUGGAUUGCUAGUUGCUUUCUUAGUUCUUGUUGUCCUAUUGGUACGAUACUUUACCGGGAACACACGAGAUGAAAAUGGGAACAAAGAAUUCAACGGGAGCAAGACAUCAUCGGAUGAUGUGAUCAAUGCUGUGGUAGGAAUUGUUGCUGCUGCAGUUACAAUUGUUGUUGUGGCAAUUCCUGAGGGCUUGCCUUUAGCUGUUACACUUACUCUGGCUUAUUCGAUGAAGAGAAUGAUGGCAGAUCAGGCAAUGGUGAGGAAGCUCUCUGCUUGUGAGACCAUGGGCUCUGCCACCACAAUUUGUACAGACAAAACUGGUACUCUUACAUUAAAUAAGAUGACUGUCACAAAAUUUUUCUUAGGCAAAGAGCCCGUAAAGGCAAAAAGUCAGUCAUCAAUUUCAGCCAAAGUUCUUGAAUUAUUCCAUCAAGCGGUUGGAUUAAACACUACUGGUAGUGUUUUCAAGUCCUCCGAUUCAGGUUCAAGCUUUGAAUUCUCAGGCAGCCCAACUGAAAAAGCUAUUCUUUCAUGGGCUGUGCUGGACCUGAAUAUGGAUAUGGAUCAAGUCAAGAGAAAUUUCAACAUUCUUCACGUUGAAGCUUUCAAUUCAGAGAAAAAGAAGAGUGGGAUAAUAAUCAAGAACAUUACUGAUGGAACAAUUCAUGCACAUUGGAAAGGUGCUGCUGAAAUGAUUUCAAGAAUGUGCUCCCAUUACUACGAUGCAGAAGGGAACAUAAGAACUCUAGAGAAAUCAGAUAAGGAAGAAUGUGAUCAGAUAAUUGAAGGAAUGGCUGCUAGCAGCCUUCGAUGUAUCGCCUUUGCACACAAGCAAUUGCCAAAAACUGAGCAGGAGGAUCAUGAACAAAUACAUGGAAGUAUUCCAGACAACUCUUUCAUUCUUUUGGGCUUCAUCGGCCUAAAAGAUCCAUGUCGACCUUGUGUAAAGCAAGCUGUGGAAGAUUGCCAAAAUGCUGGUGUGAAUAUCAAGAUGAUCACUGGUGACAAUGUGUUCACUGCAAAAGCCAUAGCCACAGAAUGUGGGAUUCUUCAUCCCAAUUCUGAAGUAGAUGACGGAGCAGUCAUAGAAGGUGAGGAAUUUCGCAACUUAACAGAUGAAGAACGGAUGGAGAGAGUGGAAAAGAUUCGCGUAAUGGCAAGAUCAUCCCCUUUUGACAAACUUUUAAUGGUGCAGUGCUUGAGAAAGAAAGGUCAUGUGGUCGCGGUCACAGGUGAUGGCACGAAUGAUGCACCAGCUUUAAAGGAAGCUGAUAUAGGGCUUUCUAUGGGGAUUCAGGGCACUGAAGUGGCUAAAGAGAGUUCAGCUAUUGUCAUUUUGGACGAUAAUUUUGCUUCAGUUGUCACUGUUCUGAAAUGGGGAAGAUGUGUCUAUAACAACAUUCAGAAAUUCAUCCAAUUUCAGCUCACAGUUAAUGUGGCCGCACUUGUGAUCAAUUUUGUAGCAGCUGUUUUAGCUGGUGAGGUACCACUCACAGCAGUGCAAUUGCUAUGGGUAAAUUUGAUCAUGGACACAUUAGGGGCACUAGCACUUGCAACAGAGAAGCCAACCGCGGAACUCAUGAAGAAGCUACCAGUCGGUAGGACUGACCCACUUAUCACCAACAUUAUGUGGAGAAAUCUAAUGGCUCAGGCCUUAUAUCAGAUUGUUGUUCUAUUGACCUUACAAUUCAAAGGCGAAUCCAUCUUUGGUGUCAACAAGAGGGUAAACGACACUUUGAUUUUCAACACGUUUGUUCUUUGCCAAGUGUUCAACGAAUUUAAUGCACGAAAUCUGGAGAAGAAGAACGUUUUCGAGGGAAUACAUAAGAACAAGUUGUUUGUGGCAAUCAUUGGAAUAACUUUGGCUCUGCAAGUGGUGAUGGUGGAGUUUUUGAAGAAGUUUGCAGAUACAGAGAGAUUGAAUUGGGGGCAAUGGGGUAUCUGCAUUGGUUUGGCAGCUGCAUCUUGGCCAAUUGGUUGGCUAGUCAAGUGCAUAACUGUCCCAGAGAAGCCAUUUUUCAGUUAUCUCAGGUUGAAUUACUUGAAAGCCAUGUUUAAGUGAGUAGAUUUUGUUGUUUACUUUUUUUUCUUCUUUUUCGUAAGAUAGUUCCUUGCAGUAGUUAUAAUUUGUUAGUAUGACUGUAGUUGAUUAAAUGAUUGAUUGAUAUUGCAUUCCUUUAUUACUCACUACUUGUAUUUUCAUGUGUUAAUUUUUAAAUAAAGAGUUGUACAGAA